AUGCCCGCCUUCACCCACGACCCCUCUCCGCCCGUGUACACGCCCUCCACGCCGUUGCCGAAGAAGGGCGCGAUUGCCAUGCCGGCUAACCCGAAUGCGUCGCUUGCCUCCCUCGAGUCGCUCGAUGGGCUCGAGAGGCGGCAGGCUGAGAUCGACCGCGAGGACGAGCUCGAUGAGAUCAGACGUGAGAUCCUGCACCUCAACACAAGGCUGGACACUUUGCUCAGCACCCAGUUUCUUCGGGCUCUCGACAGAAUGGCGUCAGCGAGAACCUACAACGCACAUGCCAGCUCAUCGACCACGCCCAUGGGUACAUCCCCGCCACAGCAGGCUGCCUCGCCCCCACCCUCCUCGUCAACGCCCCCAAACAACACCAACCCCGCCCGAACAUCAGUGCCGCCAGGGCGCCCUGAUCGCCUACUGAUCCACUUCGAGCAACUUCAGAUGAUGCGCGAAGAACGCUUGGCAAUGGAGAAGAAGCGCGAGGCGGCUUUCCGCCGCAAGGAACAAAAGAGACGUCAGGAAGACGACCGUACUCGGCGUUGGGCAGAAAGCGGUGGCUCAGACACCGACCAUCGCCCCUUCGACUACGACUCUCACCAUGUCUCGGGCAAGACAGACGAGGGAACUUACUCCGACCCCAAUGCGACAAUGGAUCUGCGCGCGCGGGAAUCCAGAGAGCGCAUCAUUGCAGCUUGGGAAGGGAUGCGGAAGAUCAGGGAGGGGCCAAGUUCUUACCGAGGAGGAACUGGCGGGGCCAGUGCGCUUAGUGCCCCCAGACCACCUGUCAUCGGCCCAGUUCCUACCGCCGUGAAGGUGAGGUCAUCAAGCGGUUCGGCACGACCGCCUGCAAGUGCACGUGAGAGGCGUGGUCCCCUCUACGGAAGAACAUGUUGA